AAGUUGAUUAAUGAAAUUCUAGAAUGGGUGUAUUCUAUCAUGAAGAUCCACCAAACCACCACACAAAGAGAUGCAAAAUAUUUGCAGCUACCAUAAAGGAAGUGUUUUCUUUCAACUGCCAAAAUUCUUGUAGAAAGCUUUCCAUUGCAAGCCUUGAUGAUGAGGAGUUCCCAGCAAUCACUGAUCUUGAAGAGGAACAACAAGUGGUUGUUAUGGCGGUUAGAAGGCGCCAAGCCAUGGAGAAACAGAAGCACAAGCCAGGCUUAUAUGUCACACAAACUAUAACAACAAAAGAAAAAAAAGAGGGUGGUAAUGAAGAACAUGAUGAUCAAAGAGAAGAGUUUUGUUCUGUUAAGAGUUGCUUCUCAUGUUGUUCUUCUUCCAAUGCUGCUGCUGUGAGUGAUGAAGCAUUCUGUUCUGUGAAGACAAACCUCUCGAGAUGUAAUUCAAGCAUCAAUGAAGCUGUUGAGUUGUUUCCGCCGCCAGAGUAUUGGAAGCGUUCGAUUAUUCGGGAGCUUUGUCAUUGUGAGGGAUGGCCUUUUGGUCUCUGCCGGAAAGCUGUGUUGCUUCCACCAUUGCCUAAGUCACCUUCUGAAUCAUGGUUGUCAAGAAAAAUACAAAGAAGUUCUAAGGAUGCUACUUGAAGAGCAUAUUUAGAAGCAUGAUAGUGAUGACUGAUGAGUGAUAAGCAAUAAAAAUUGUUGGAUUCUAUGUUGUUAGAGUUGGUAUUUUGAGACUUUAAGGUCACGGGUUCAAAAUCCGAGAACAGUUGAGGUAUGUUAUUUGUAUUCACCUUUCUUGUAUACUUAGUUGACAACACUUCUUUGUUAUUAAAUCCAAUGAUAAGAGUGCAUAAUAAGAACAAACUAGAACUCAGUCCAUACACCCUCUCAACCCCAUUUUUAUGUUAUCAAUGACAACUAUUUUCAGUUUCAGUCUUAAA